AUGGAAGCCCCAUCUUCACCUUCGUCUACCAUCACUGCCCCACCUGACUAUCACGAAACCGCUCGGAGGUUAGCUAAAUUGAUCGCAGAGGCUAUGACCUGUCGCUUCGCCCUCCUACACUAUGACAGCACCUCAAAAUACAUGGUCGAAUGGUGGUGGCCUAUUGACGGUGAUGGAAUGAAGAUUUUGCCAUUCAACCUAGAGAUCCACUGCAAAGAAUAUGAAUUGAAAUACCCAUGCUGUCUAUGCGCCGAUGGUAGUGGCAGGAUAUCCUUGAAGAGGUAUGAGCGCUCGUCCUUCCUUUGCUGCAGUACUGGGUCUGAAAUUAUGGAUGAUGAAGAACAGCGAGUCUUGCCUAUUCAGCUAGAGUGGACCUACAAGGAACAAAGUGAAUUACUGAACAGACUCGAUUCCUGUGUUGGAAAUGGUAUUACCAGCAGGGAGUUCCAAAUUCUGUUUAGCCAAUGCAAAAAAUGCAAGCGAGUCGGGGUGAAGUCAGUGAUGAAGCGCCACAUCUGCGCGGGAGGUGUGAAAAAGACUCAUAGCAAAUCAGAAGUUUAUCCCGGCGAUCUGUGGGAACUGGUUGGGGAGCGCAGCAUAGAGGCGAAACAAGAGGAAACAUUGCAAAGACAUCAGAGCCACGUCUUGGAGCUUGAUCCAAGCAUCCCAUCAGGCCUCCCUCGAGGCAAAUGGUUGCUCCGACAGACUUGUAUUGGCUCCUCAUUGCCCCUGUCGAGUACAUGGGUCACCGCCGACAUUCAAAAAUCCUUUUAUAAGUUAUUCAAGCAGGAACUGACCAUACAGGGGGAGUUAAUGGUGACAUCCCUGGCUACCAGAUGUAGCAAUGCCUACCUGCGUAACCUUGGGUUGGAUUUACUCAUCUUGCAGGCCAAGAGACGCCGCACCCAUGCAGAGAUAGCGCUAUAUACAAUGGCCAUCAGUAAUCUUUAUGGACACAACCUCUGCGAUAUUAUGCACUACCACGACGAGGAUAUCAACGACGGCACAGAGGAGAGCUGUGAAGACUAUGAAGAUUACAAAGACUACGAAGAUUACAAAGACUGCGAAGAGCUCGACAUUCAGUGA